UCCUCCUCCUCCUCCAUUCUCCUUCUCCUCCUUCUCCUUUUCUUCUUCUUCUUCUUCUUCUUCUUCUUCUUCUUCUUCUUCUUUGUGCCAAUUGUUCCCUGUGUGUUGUCUUAUUUCCUCAAUUAGGUUAGAAGUCUGAUUGCAGAUGAUAUAGUUUUUUCUCUUAUGCCUUGCACCUCAGGUCCAUGAACAUUUGACUGAUGUCACAGGAGAAAAGGUACAAGUGACAUUAUCACCACCUCAUUGAGAUAGUCAUUUCCAUCCAUAAGGUAGACUUUGGCAAAAUCUCUUCACUGGAAUUUCCAUAGAGUAUCAACUGGGAGAUUCUUUUGAUCUGCUCCUUGAUGAUUUGAUUCUUUGAAGCAUGCAUAAGUAGCACCUUACUGAGUCAGCUCACUUCCCAAGUAUUUUCAAACUAAUGAUAGUCCUAAUAAAAUGCUGUGAGGGUCUAAUGUGUUGUAAAUGGAGGGCUUUAGUUUGGAUAGCCGCUGGAUGGCCUAGGGCCAAUUAUUCACCUAUGUGUCAGUUCCAGGAUGGAGAUAAUCAUACUACUCAUUGGGUUGAUAUGAGAAUUAAAUUAGAUAAUGUAUAUAGAAAGAAGCUAGAUCCCUGCUUGGCAUAUAGCAUUUAUUCAGUAAAUGCCAGCUCUCAUCACCCCCAUACAGAAUACUGUCCACUGUUAAUCCAAAGGACAGGACAAUUGAGCUGCCAGAGAUUGACUUCCUUAAAAACAAACAAAACAAAACAAAAAACAGGCUUAGAAUAAGAAAGACCAAAAUGUUUUAUUUAAUUAGCUAUAACACUCUUAGUCCUUCAAUUAUUUUUUUCCCCUUCCCCAAUACAAAUAGUGGAUAAUAGAAAACUGUAGAGAAAAAGCAGGAAAAAGUACUUACAGUCCCAUCACUUAGAGAAAACAACUGUUUACAAUGUGCCAUAUUUUACAGGUAAUUUGAGAUCAUACUAAGAUGAGAUUUUGCUAGCUUUUGUUUUUAAAAGUUUUAGCAUAAGCAUUUUCUUAUGGCAUUAAAACUUUUUUUUUUUUUUUAAUUUUAGAGAGAUAGGGAAUCUCAAGCAGGCUCUAUGCUCAGUAUGAAGCCCCAUGCAGGCCUCGAUCCCACGACCCUGGGAUCAUGACCUGAGCCGAAAUCGAGAGUCAGACACUCAACUGACUGAGCCACCCAGGCACCCCAAAACAUCAUUUAAAAAAAAUUUUUUUUUAUGUUUAUUUAUUUUUGAGAGACAAAGAGAGACAGAGCACAAGUGGGGGAGGGGCAGAGAGAGAAGGAGACACAGAAUCCAAAGCAGGCUCCAGGCUCCGAGCUGACAGCACAGAGCCCGACAUGGGACUUGAACUCACAACCGUGAGGUUGUGAGAUCACAACCUGAGCCGAAGUCGGUUGCUCAACAGACUGAGCCACCCAGGUGCCCCAAAACAUCAUUUUUUUUUUGUUUUAUUUUGUUUUAUUUAUUUAUUUUUUUUUUUUUCAAAACAUCAUUUUUUAAAUGGUUGUAUUAUAUCCCCAAGAAUUUAUUUAACCUUUCUCUGGAAGCUUUAGGCUGCAGCAAGGGGUCUCUACAUCAUAAACAUUGCUGUAGCAACAACUUCAUGUGUAACUCUUUUUUCUUUUUUUUUAAUAAAGAUUUUUCUUAAGUUUAUUUAUUUUGAGAGAGAGAGAAGGAUCUGGGGAGGGGCAGAGAGAGAAAGAGAGGGAGAGAGAAUCCCAAUCAGGCUCCGCCCUGUCAGUGCAGAGCCCGACUGGGGACUCAAAUGGGCUCAAACUCACCAACAGUGAGAUCAUCACCUGAGUCAAAAUCAAGAGCCGAACACUGAACCAACUGAGCCACCCGCGUGCCCUUGUCCGUGACUCUUUCUUAAGUUAUUGUUGAUGAGAUGGGUCGACACAUACUUUUUGGAAGAGGAACCAAAACAGCACAAAGUAGUAUUUAGAUGUUUCCUUGAAAUGCUGGAUAUUUUAGACCACAAGGACACUGUUAGAUGAGCCACCCUGGUGGAGUGAGGAGAGAAAUGCAAAGGAGAUUGUUGGAGUCACCAAACACUAUGCUGCAGAAAGGCAAGUAUUUGGGCAUCCUCAGAAGACUGGAGGAUCAGUGCUGCCCUCUCCCUUCCCUCCUCUGUUGCUUGGCAACAAGCAGAAAUAAAGACUGGAUCAGGGAGGGCAGCCUCCUGUGGGGUGGGCAUUCUGGCUUCUCAAAUCAUUUAGAUAGGAUGCUACGAGCAGAAAAUGGGUGAAAAUCCAUUGCACCCAUAACAUACUCGUAGGUACAAACCAAAGAAACCUAAAUCUGUCACCCGUUUCAGCUAGCCAGCAUGGUGAAAGUAUGAGGCCUCAAUUUUCCAAACAUUGGGGUAUUUAGCUUUGGCAUUUGGGCUUUCCACUUCCUAUGAGAAAAACCAGGAUAAAAAAGAUCAUAGAAUUUUCUGGUUGUAUCUACACAGAGGGUAGAUAUAUAUGCUUUUUUUUUUUUUUUUUUUUUUUUUGUAAAAAAACUGUACUCAGUACUUCUACAUGGAUGGGAAGCAUUGCAAAUUCAAGAACACAAGACCGAAAUGGAAAGCAAGGGCACACUGUAGUAUUCCUACCAUGUGGGACGUGGUCAGAGUCCCAAGUUUGCUCAUGAAGUUAUGAAUUGUGCAAUGCACAUUUAAACCGAAGAUUAAGACUUUAAGACCCAAGUGGCCUGCAUCUAAGUGGUUAAGUCAGGUAUCAGAAUGUGUUAGGCAUGUGAACACUUUUCCUCAAAAGACCAGUAAGUGAAUUUCAACCUUAAUACGAAGGAUAUUUUGCUUGGCACAGUAACCAAAGAUGGAAAGGGUGCUGUUAAUGUUUAGCAUGUGGGGCAUUUAACAAGUGAAUAAAACAAAACCCAUCAUGGUUUUGGAAAUAGAAUUAGUAGAGAAACAAAGGAGUACUGGUUUUAAUUGACAGGUUUUGGGGGUUUGUUUUUGUGAUAGCUUGACUUGUGUGUAGGUGUGUGUGAGUGGCUUUAAUACAAACCAAUUGCCUUGAAAGUAAAAAUAAAUCAAGGUUUGACUUCUAUGAUAUUUAAUUACAUGUGCUUUAGCUUUAAUAAGUAAGCCAGUAUUCACCUUGGGAUGGCAGUAUUCUGAAUCAGAUACAGAAACUGUUCAGUGUACCCAAUGUGGCGCACAGAAUUUCUCAGAAGACCUUUUCUGUAGGUGAUGGAGCUAUCCAGUGUGGUCUCUCAUUACUUAAUUCAUGACAUCUCUUAGAUGCUUAGACUUGGCUAAUCAUAUGUGUGUGUAUGGGUGGGUGUGUGUGUGUGUUCGUAUUCUCCUUGGGAAUACAUUUGAAAAUAACCGAUGAUUCGAAGGGGUGAGGUAAUGUUAUUUUUAGAGGCAGUUACAUCAAAAUAAUGAUCUGGACCUCCAGCAGGUUUCUCGUUUGGAAAGAGGACAGAAAAACUUAUGACCAUAGUGAGUACUUAACAGUAGUCACUUCCAGUAGAGUAGCUGUUAUUGAGCAACAGCUGUGUACAUAUUGUUCUGUACGUGUUUUUAUGAAAGCAUGCACAUUACCAACCCCACUGUCCAUUUUACAGAUGGAGAGAGAGAGGCUCAGAGAAGUGAGGUAUCCUGCCCCAAAGCCUUUAUGUAGUCCGUGAAUGACCAGGCCAAAAUUCAGACCCAAGUCUAAGUCCAUUGCCAGCUAGCUGGCUCUCUUUUCUGCCCUGAUAAACUUAUUAUUUAUGUUGGGAAAAGGAAGUGUGUUCUGUAAAACUUUAAGAAGAGAUGAGUGUAUGCAAUCUGUGCACCUUGGGCGAAAAGCUCAUCCAUGUGCCUGUGGAAGUAACAGCGGCCAACAUUAAAGGGCACUUACUAUGUGCAGACACUAAGCUAAACACUUUAUAUGGAUUAUCUCAGCAAACGCUCGCAGUACCCUGUGAGUUGGGUACUGCUAUAGAUUGAACAUUGUGUCCCCCACCAAACUCAUAUAUUGACAUUCUAACCCCCAAGGUGGUGUUAUUAGGAGGUGGGGCCCUUGGGAGGUGAUUAGGUCAUGAGGGUAGAGCACUUAUGAUUGGGAUUAGUGUCCUUAUAAAAGACCCCAGAGAGCUAGAACCCCCAUCCCCACUUCUGCCGUGUGAGGGGACAGCAAAAAGAUAGCCAUCUAGGAGGCAGGCUCUUGCCAGGCGCUGAAUCCACCAGUACCUUGAUCUUGGAUUCCAGAAUUGUGAGAAAUAAAUUUCUGUUGUUUAUAAGAUACUGAGACUAUGGUAAGACAAAUCAUAUGAUCUUCCCUCGGCAGGUGAAGAAACUGAAGGAUAGCACAAAGGCUUGGGGCAAAACUGUCUGAGUUCAGAUUUUGACUCUGCUGGGCUAGACUUGGGUAGUGUUCUGUAGUGGAAAGAGCUUUGAAGCCACCAGACCUGAAUUCAGAGCCUCACUGUGCCAUUACUAACAGUGUCACCUUCAGGCGAGAUCCUUAACUUCUCCAUUAGAGAUAAUGGCGUCCAUCUUACUGGUUGUGAGGACCAAAGGCAGAAAAUGGAGAUAAGUUGUAAAACAGAGUGACUGGACCCUGCUACGUGCACAGUAAAAGAUAUUUUACUUGGCAACACAAGCAGGACAUUUAAUAUUAAUAUUACUGCUGUUACUUAGUCACAGAGGCUUUCAAAACUUUGUGAAAUCUCAGGAUUUCCAUGAACUCAUCUUGCCCCAACUGAGACUGGGCUUCAUUCAAGGUAUCUUCCAACCUGACCCAACAUCACAUCCUGAAUGGAAGUGCCCUAAUUCUGACGUUUCUAGAGGCAAGACACAUGGCCUGUGUCGCAAUUCUUGACCUCAUUGUCAACUUUCAUAAGUUGCCCCACUGCAACUCCUGAGAUGUACAGCAUGACCUGUCUGAGGGUGAUUUUGGCAACUUGGUGACUAAGAAGACUGUCAUUUGUUUUACUGUUAAUCUAGUGUCAGGACAAAGUUGGGUUUGUUUUUUUUUUAAUGUUUAUUUACUUUUGAGAGAGAGAGAGAGAGAGAGAUACAGAGUGCGAGUAAGGGAGGGGCAGAGAGAGAGAGGGAGACACAGAAUCCGAAGCAGGCUCCAGGCUCUGAGCUAUCGGCACAGAGCCCGAUGAGGGGCUUGAAUUCACGAACCGUGAGAUCGUGACCUGAGACACUUAACCGACUGAGCCACCCAGGCACCCUAGGACAAAGUUAUUUCUAAAAAAGGAAGUUUCUUCCUUUGAUCUUUACGGUUUGCUAUGUCAGCCCCUGAGUGAAGCAGAUAAUGCACACAAGAGAAAAGGAUUAGGAAAGUGAGCACCUUUCCUUUAUGAAAGCUGCAGGAAUCAAACAAGGCUGCAGAAUUCAGAACGGAUGCUACUUCUUAGGCCUUCUUUUUACCCACAGCCUAGCAAACCUUGUUCUGACAGAUGAGGAGAUGGAUAUUUCUGGGCACUUGUUGCCUUCGAGACCAGCACGUGAACCUUCUGGAAUGCCUGGCCCUGACUCAACGCUGAAUCUGGGCCACUGGGUCUUUAGCUAGUGCCUCUGGACAGACUGAACUUACGUGAAUCUCUGUGAGCUGUGGCCAGCCUGGGCAGUGCCAGUUGCUAGGAAUCCUCUGGGCCUUCUGGACAAACAAUUCCUUUACAGCCUGAGGUAGGCAGUCCAGGAGGGAACGAGGCAGGGGUGGAUUUGUGUGACUUCAAGCUUGGUAUGGGUCCACAGUGUAAUGAGGCUUCCGGCAAAACAUAAGCACCCAAUAAAUGUUAGCUGUCAUGGGUGGUGGUGUUAGAUGCCCUUCCUUACUUACACUUACUCCUAUAACUUCUGCCUUGACCCUACAGUGUAUCCAAUCUCUCUUCUGCACGACAGCUCCUUAGACAUUUAAAGACAGCUAUUUAACUGGACUUUUCCAUGGCGUCCUGCCCUCUGAAAAACGAAGACCCACACACUCACCUGCCAGACUUCAUCAUCCUUGUGAGCCAGUACUGGUUGUGUUGAGUUGCCAAGGUAUUAAAGCUUAGAUGGGAGAAUGGCCUCUUGGGGUUGUCAUAAAAGGGAUCAGGUAAAUACUGACCUGGGUGACCUUGAACGCCAAGAUUUAAUAAGCCUGUAUGUCCCACAGGGGCUAAUCAUUUUUUUUUUAAUCUUUUAAAAAUGUUUAUUUUUUUCAUUUUGAGAGAGAGGGAGGGCAAGGGAGGGGCAGAGAGAGAGAGAGAGACUGGGAGUGAGAGAGGAUCCCAAGCAGUCUCCAUGCUCUCAGAGUAGAACUCGACUCAGGGCUCAAUCUCACAAACCGUGAGAUGGUGACCUGGGCCGAAAUCAAGAGUCAGAUGCUUAACUGACUGAGCCACCCAGGUGCCCUGGAGCUAACCAGUUUUUAUUCCUGUGGGCCACGCACUGUGCUAGACUCUGCAUGGGAUACUCGGCUUCAUGUGAUUCCAAGCUGGAGUGUAGCCUGAAGCCAGUUGCCUGGCUUGAUUUUACUCAAAUCUAUGGCAUUUCCAAGUCCCUAAACUCUGUGCGUGUAAGUCAGUGGACUUGAACAAGUUGAGGCUGUCUGUUUGCCAUCCAUACUUUCCCAACUACCAGUGUUUGAUGAAAAACAUCUAAAAACAUGCUACAUAUUUGGGAGAAGGAAGGUAAUAUCAGUUUGGUCAAGGAGAUACCACAUCCUACCUUUUAUGGAAGAUUUUUACUAUGAGGAAGUGGCCCAAAUGUGAUUUAUUCUUUGGAGUGACUGCAUGAUAUAUCGUCAACACUUUUAAAGAGUGGUAAGGGGUAUCGUGAAUAAUUAUGCCAGGACCACAGGCAUAAACUGGGAUCAUCCUAGGAAAACCACAAGUUCCCUUAAUUUGAUGGGGCCAGCUCCUCCGUGCUCAGGGGAGCUGGUCGUACACAUUUCUUCCUAACUCUGCAUCCUAUGUCCUGGUGUUGGCAGCUUGAAAUUGGCUACAGUGAGUGUAUUUGCCCUAUGGAAAUUGGCAAACGCUAAAAAUCAAGGUUUUCUUCUUAGGCAGCCAGUUGCUAAACAUUUACCAGUACGUCACUGACUAGAAUACAGGUCAUGGGUCACACAGAGGAAAGUCCCAGACAGCAUCAGUAAUACGAGCUGAAUAAUUAAAGCCUUUGAUUCAGAGAAUGGGAGAAAAAGACUGACAUGUCCUUUGCUAAGUAGGAAAAUGCCAGAAGGUGAGGAGUUAGACAAAAGAACUUCAUUCUCAGGAAAGAAAGUAUUCCACACAUAUUUGAGGGCCCGCUAUGUUUUAAGGGUAGAAUUUAGAAUCACAUUGUUGUCUGCCUCUCUUUCUCCCUCCUAAAUUCCUACCCCAAAUACCGUUGGGUUCAGUGCCAGAUCACCCAGUAGGGAGAACAAGCAGGUGUUAGUGUACCAACAACGCAGCAGGAGAGAAGAAAGAAAGAAAGAAAGAAGAAAAUAAUAUACAUGACUUUAUGUAUAUAUACAUGCAUGCACCAGAGUACUAACUACAGGAGAACCAUAACUUUAGGCUUCUUCUUUACACUCAUUUUAUGAUUCACUCCUGUUUUUAUGUUGAAUGACUUGAGUUGUUUUGAGCUACAUGUUCGUUACAUGUGGACUGGGCAACACCAAUAGUUUUCCUGUAAAUAGGUGUAAAUCUAGCCCCAGUGAACCUUGCACCUUUCUAGGGUGAUUUAUAAUUAAUUUACUGUUGGUGAAAUGGCAGGGUGGAGUUGCCAGAGGAUCUCCAUUUCAUGUUUUUGGUUAGGGCGGGCAGGCUGAAAUUUGUCCCAGCCAAAAGGGAAGGGAGGUUGUUUGUUUGUUUCCAGAGGCAGGAUCUAUGGGGCAAAAAAAGGGACUUCCCCAGUUCAUUCCCAUUAGAUUUUUACUCCAAAGGCAACCCGUGAUGCCCCACUGUCCUCUCACUGUCUUGCAUGAGUAUUUGGAGAGUGUUGGGAUUGUAAAGAAAUCUUUUUACUUGGGAAAACUUCAAAUGUUAUAUAAAGCCAGAGUGUGCAUCAAAUAACUGCCUAUCACUCAUCACUCAGCCUAUCUUUCCACUCAUGUCCAAUCUUAUUUUUUCUGUUACAUCCAAACCUCCCCUUUCAAACUGGAUGAUUUGCAGCAAGUCUCAGAUAUCUCAGUUUAAUGCCUUCCCGUGGUUUGGGAUGGACAUCGGUGGAACGCUGGUUAAAUUGGUCUACUUUGAGCCAAAGGAUAUUACAGCCGAAGAGGAGCAAGAGGAGGUAGAGAACCUGAAGAGCAUCAGAAAGUAUUUGACUUCCAAUACGGCUUAUGGGAAAACCGGGAUCCGAGACGUCCAUCUAGAACUGAAAAAUCUGACCAUGUGUGGGCGCAAAGGGAACCUGCACUUCAUCCGGUUCCCCAGCUGUGCUAUGCACAGGUUCAUUCAGAUGGGCAGCGAGAAGAACUUCUCCAGCCUCCACACCACGCUCUGUGCCACGGGAGGUGGGGCUUUCAAGUUCGAAAAGGACUUCAGAAUGAUUGCUGACCUGCAGCUCCAUAAACUGGAUGAACUGGACUGUCUGAUUCAGGGCCUGCUUUACGUCGACUCCAUUGGCUUCAAUGGCAAGCCAGAAUGUUACUAUUUUGAAAAUCCCACAAAUCCUGAAUUGUGUCAAAAAAAGCCGUACUGCCUUGAUAACCCAUACCCUAUGUUGCUGGUGAACAUGGGCUCGGGUGUCAGCAUCCUAGCAGUGUACUCCAAGGACAACUAUAAAAGAGUUACAGGGACCAGUCUUGGAGGUGGAACAUUCCUAGGCCUAUGUUGCUUGCUGACUGGUUGUGAGACCUUUGAAGAAGCUCUGGAAAUGGCAGCUAAAGGCGACAGCACCAAUGUUGAUAAGCUGGUGAAGGACAUUUACGGAGGAGACUAUGAACGAUUUGGCCUUCAAGGAUCCGCUGUAGCAUCAAGCUUUGGCAACAUGAUGAGUAAGGAAAAGCGAGAUUCCAUCAGCAAGGAAGACCUCGCCCGAGCCACACUGGUCACCAUCACCAACAACAUUGGCUCCAUUGCUCGGAUGUGUGCGUUGAAUGAGAAUAUUGACAGAGUUGUGUUUGUUGGGAAUUUUCUCAGAAUCAAUAUGAUCUCCAUGAAACUGCUAGCAUAUGCAAUGGAUUUUUGGUCCAAAGGACAGCUAAAAGCUCUGUUUUUGGAACACGAGGUAGGUCAAGUCUACAUGGACUUAGUCAUCCUGCGUGGAGUGUAUUGGGUGUUGUCUAACUUUCGAGUGAGUCCCUCCGUUUUAAAAUUGGUCAAAUAGAAAGAGUUGCCAUUUAAACUUUGCACUUAGACAAAGGAUAAAGAAGAA